AUGGAAGCAUGCAGCUCUGCCCUUACUACCAAAUACGCCUUCUCACAGUCCUUGACGGCAAAACUAAGCGUGCCCGAGGAAAAAUUCGUUGCAACCAACUGCCUUCGUGAAUUCAACAAUGCCUACCAAGAUGGCUCGCUCAAGUCAAAGGAUAUGCUUUACUUCGCAAUUCCCCACAAACAACAUUGGAUACUAUGUUGCAUCAACCUUCUUUACAAACAGAUCAACAUAUUCGAUUCAGACAAGAAGCUGAAAAAUGAUGAAGUGUACGAGUUGUCAAACAAUCUGGUUACCAACUUUACGACACUGGCCACGCAUGCCAAAGCAUUCACAAAGUUGGAUUUCAUGAAGUUCACGUGCUUCAACCCCCCCGAUUGCCCCCAACAGAAAACGCACUACGAUUGCGGAAUAUUCACAAUGCUCUUCAUGAAGCAAUGGGAUGGGAAGAUCAUGGCCAACUUUUCCAAGGAUACAUACGACCAUCGGGCGAUUAUCACCGAACUAAUCAUAACUUCGCAGCUCAACAACCAAGAUCCUACCUGGGUACUGAAGACCAACUGA